ACGUCAAAAACGUCACGUCGCUAAAUGUAAACAUGUCAACGUGUGCAAACUGGUGAUGGCCCCAAUGGUUUUUCCUUUAAUAAGAUAAUUACUGCAUUAAUUAAUUGGAAAAUGGCUUCUAAAAAAUACCUGGAUAUCGACCCUCAACCGGAGAAACCCAGAAUCACCAUUUUGUGCCUCGACAUUACUCAUUUCAGUCAAACCACCCAGUUUGUGCUAUGCAGUGCUGCAGUAUUUUUCUUUUAUUUACUUUAUGGAUACAUGCAGGAGCUGAUUUUUACUAUUAAGGAUUUUAAACCGUACGGAUGGUACCUCACUUUGGUACAGUUUGGUUUUUACAGUAUAUUUGGGCUCACGGAAACCAAAAUUCGAGGUAUUCAUAAGAGAAGGAUUCCAUUAAGAACUUACUUUAUAUUAGCCCUACUAACCCUAGGCACCAUGGGCCUAUCAAAUGCUUCACUAGGAUACCUCAAUUACCCCACCCAAGUAAUAUUCAAAUGCUGUAAACUGAUUCCAGUGCUAGCUGGAGGGAUUUUAAUCCAAGGAAAACGGUAUGGUCCCCUAGACUUUCUUGCUGCUCUUCUUAUGUGCGUUGGACUAACAUUGUUCACCUUGGCUGACUCGAAGGUGCAACCAAACUUCAAUACAACAGGAAUAACAAUGAUCUCUUUAGCAUUACUGUGUGAUGCUAUUAUAGGGAAUGUUCAGGAGAAAAACAUGAAGGCUUAUGGGGCACCCAAUGCUGAAGUGGUGUUGUAUUCUUAUGCUUUAGGAUUUGUUUAUAUUUUUGCAGUGAUGUUGCUUACUGGGGAUCUUGUUGCUGGAGUUAAAUUUUUUGGAGAGAAACCAUAUAUCACUUAUGGAUAUGCAUUUAUAUUUUCUGUGACUGGCUAUUUGGGUAUCCAAGUGGUACUAACACUAGUAAGGACAACUGGGGCCUUCGCUGCCGUAACAGUAACGACAAUGAGAAAGGCUGUGACAAUCGUUAUAUCAUUUAUAUUUUUCAGUAAACCGUUUACAAUACAGUAUUUAUGGUCAGGCUUUAUAGUCAUAGGGGGAAUUUACCUAAAUCUGUUUAGUAAAAAGCACCCGAUGUCAAUGGGAGACUUUGAGGACGGCUGUGAUAGAUUUUUACGUUUGUUAAGAACAAAGUUUAUAGCAAAGCAGUAUAAAAGCGGCCAAUAUUUGGCUAACGUUUAAUUGUAGAUAAUAAAUAUCAAUUAUUGUUCCUGACACUUUUUAAAUUUUAUUCACUUAAAUGCUUCUAUUAAAAGUAUUAUAAGCGAUUCCAUUAAAACAAUAAUUCGUUAAUAAGUCAUUACAUAGCAUUGAGUGCUUAGCAAGAAAUUCAAUUUAUAUUAAGAGCAAAUUUGACAUUUUCAUACUUUUUAUAUUAUUGUCCUAAUUUAUUUGUUAUUUAUAAUAAAGUGUUUUAGUAUGUUA